AUGGCCCCCAAGUCCGCCGUUACGUCGCCCGUCCAGAAGUCGCCGCCCUGCCAUUUCCCAUCAGCCAGCGAUCUGGAGGAGCAACUCUCCAACCUCGCCGUCCAAUGCCAACCCCAAGAGCACGCUGAGGCAGAGAAAAUCGAGCUGAAAACGAGCCGGAAAUCCUCCACAGUGACUGUCGCCGAUCAACAGCCAAAUUCGUCGAAAGCAGAAGAGAGCCGAGACGAUGGUGUGUUUAGUCAGAGCAUGGUGCAGGAGAGCUUCGUGCUCAGCCAACCGCCGGUGCCCCGGAGACGACAGGCUUCCGAAGGGAUGGAGAAUCAAAGAGAGAGGGCGUCCACAAGCGAGCUGUUGAGAGCGACGUCAAAAACGUUGCCGUUGCCGCCGAAAUCGCAGCUGAAUCAGGGUAGGUCGCAUUGCUAGAUGUUUUUUCUGGCCUUAUCUUUUGUGCUGGGUCGAUAAAAUUAGAGUUUGUUUUUGUAGCCUCCGGGAAAAUAGAGCACCUUUUUUUGCUAGUAUAUGUCAGUCUGUCGGGAAAAUAAUGAGCGCAAUGUCGCUGGGGGGAUCGCGUCGCCGAAGUGAAAAGCAAUUUUAUUUUGCCACGGUCAUUUUCUCGGUGGCUAUGCGAUUUUCGAUAUGAAAAAAUGUUCAUUAUUUUCCCAACAAACUGAUAGUAUCUCCAUUUUUGUAACUGAUAUAAUUUAUUCAUUUUUAGACCUCUCAAAACGCGCCUCGCCUUGCCCAUCGACCUCAUCCUCAAUUGUCGAUGAACUCCCACCUCAAGUGCCCCCUCGCCGCUCCUCUCGCGAAUAUGGCUCGCAAAAUCUCUACCAUCAAACAACAGGCCCCACCGUCGACAACCGAUCUCCCUCCCCUCGCUCGCCGGCCGUCCUGAAGACCCAAAACGGCGAAAAUAUCGCCCCACCUAGGCCACCAAAGCCUCCAGGAAUGUCCCGUUUCCCUUCGCUGGCGUCGGUGAGGUCGCCGCUGCCCGCAAUGGAAGAGGAGGGCGAUCAGAAGGCUCCGCCGCUGCCGCCGAAGCCCAGCCAGAAGCGGAAGACGUCGGAGAUGAAAGUGAAAGUGGUGGACCAGAUCUACGAUGCGCCUCCGUUGCCGCCAAAGCCGGCGUUGAAGCUGAAGUAG